AUGCCCACCUCACUUCAAAAGACGCGCAAGCACAUUGCCAAGAAGAGGAAUGGAGAAGUCAACGCCCUGCACGAGAAGUCUCGGGACUCGAUGCGAUUGCACAAGGCCAGCAUGAGAGACCUGCGGCUCCAGAAGCUCAGCAGUGCCAGGAACAAGCGGGAGCAGCCCAUCGUCGAUCGAGUUGCUCAUUUCCAGGAGGGCUUGAAGGAGAGCGUCAGCAAGCCUCUUGAUAUCGCGGCCGUCCAGGAGCUCAUUCAUGCAUUCGUUCACCAAUACGAUGACGAGUACGACGAACUCAGGAAGGCUCGGCGGCCUGGGCGGCCCGGUAGCACCCGGGAGGACCUUCUCAAGUUGAAGAUUGCCGCGCUCGAGACGGAGUACAAGAACGGCUUCCUCAUACCAGACGUCAUGCAGCAAGACAGUGCCAAGCUGAUUGAGGAUUGGGAAGGGACAUGGGCCAAUCUCACGACCAUGCCGUGGAUCAAGGUCUCCAGUUCGGGACAAGCCCGUCCUGCCGAUUUUCCAUCCAAAGGGAUCAACUAG